UCACAAUAUGAGCAGCAUGGAAACAGACGAAGUCUCUGUUGUACUACCGCCGAGCACUCUAUCGGGUCUAUCUCUUUCUCUCCAUCCACUCCCUAUCCUGAAUAUAUCAGAGCAUCUCACACGACUAAGACUUCAACAGAAGAUCAGCGUUCCUUUCGUUUUGGGUGCAUUGCUUGGCACACAGAAUGGUCGUGAAGUGGACAUCGUCAACACAUUCGAACUCGCUGUGCAGGAGGGAGAAAAGCUUGAUCAUGUCUUCUUUAACUCGAGGAGGGAUCAAUACAAACAGGUCUUUCCUUCGCUCGAAUUUAUAGGGUGGUACUCCGUGGCGUCUGUGCCAACUGCUCGUCACAUCGCACUCCAUGAACAAUUCACAAUCUACAGCUCCACGCCGCUCCUUCUUCUCCUCCAACCUUCCUCCAUCGGCAUCAGUGGUUCCUCAGACAGUACAUCCCAGCAUCUUCCCCUCAAGGCAUAUGAACCUACAAUCGAAAUAAAGGACAGGUCAUCGCGGUCGGUCUUCAUCGAAGCUCCAUUCAGCGUCGAGACUGGUGAGGCGGAGCGGAUCGCGGUGGAUUGGACGGCACGAGGAGGAGAGGGAGGCACGAGCCUGGAAUCGCAUCUGAAUACCCAGAGAGCAGCAGUGAAGAUGUUGCACGAUCGUAUCGUGAUUCUGGUGCAAUAUGUGAAAGAUGUCAUGGCCGGCCAAGCUCCGAAGGACCACGCUACUCUCCGCUCCCUCUCCGCUCUCAUUGCCUCCCUCCCCGCAAGCGAGAACAAAGGAUUCCGAGAGGAGUUUGACACUGAAUACGAGGACGUGCAAUUAACCGCCUACCUCUCAACAUUGACCAAGUCCGCCAACGCCCUCAACGACCUCGUCGACAAGCAUAUCGUCAUGACCGCAACCAACCGCGAGGACCCACGCAUGGGCGGACCUGGACCACGACGACGAGGAAUGCAGUCCAGCCGGAUGGGCACGCUAGGCGACUGGGAUCGCUUGCACUGAUACAUCUGUGCUAUUGUCAUUGACAUCAACCUGUUGUUCACUAAUCUGUGUUUCCUGCUCUGUAUUGUCAUCUUGUUGCAAUUGUCCGUUAUGAUUCAAAAGCAAUUGUACAGUACGGUAUUCUG